CGGGAUUGGAAAAGGACCUUGAGUCAUGUCUGAGCAUUGCCCACAAGACUGUGGCUACAGUUAUAAACAAUACGUUUUCAUUGGUAACUGUCAUCUCCCAUGAUUUUAAAAAAGGUUUUAAAGAAAUAGUUUUCCCUCGUGUCAUUCAAAACCCAUAUGGCUUUCUCGUUUGGAGUACAAAAGAUGUUCUGUCAUAGUGCUCAUGAACGCGCCGUAGACAAAAAAAAAAUGUCACUAAAACAUGACUUGGAAUAUGAUGCAUGAGUCACAUGAACUACAUUUAUGAAACUUGGGGCCUUGAGUCCUUUAACUCACUUUAAAGUGAGUUAAUAUAAACUGCCAUUGGAUUGAAAAGUCAGACCAAGAUAAUCAUUAAAACCUUUUGUGUUCUGCAUAAGGAAGAAAGUCAUACGGGUUUAUAAUGACAUGAGGUGGGAGUAAAUUAUGAGAGAAUGUUCUUUUUUGGGUGAAGUAUUUCUUUAAUACAAUCUUAGUGUCAGUUUUCAGUGAUGUUGAACCAUCAUUAACAUCUUUAAAUCUCCAUUAACUGAUAUUGUUUUACUUAAAUUUCACAUUUGAGCAAGUUAUAAAUUGUAGUAUUUAGUAGACAGAUUACACAAUCCUGUGGAAACGGAAGUACAAUGCAUCUGCUUACAUAAAAUUUUUAAAUAAGGUUAGAUUUGAUCUUCCAGAAACUCAUUAGCAUCUGAUUGGAUGUGAUGACACAUUAUUUGAAUGUAACAUGGGGUCAAAUUUGAAUGUGACUGUAAUCUGUGUAGACCGCAAUCUGUUGUAUGCUGUUUGUGUCUGAAAGAAACCUCCAGGAUGGAUGGACGAUUUGACCGUGUUCACAGGUCAGGAAGCUUGUGUGGCAGGUCACUAUGUUCUCUAAGCCUUGCUAUAUUUAGCCAGGUCGUUGGGUGCACUUUAGUUCAGAGUUCUUCUGUAGGCAGCAUAGAGUACAAAGUAAAAACCAGUGGCUUUUUAUCUUUAUUUUAUUUAUUUUUUCAAUCAGGAUGUGGGAUCAGGGAUACUGUUUGCUCUUAUGUGUCCUCAAGGAUACAGUCAAGGUUAAGUUUGCUCAUGCAUGACAGGUGCAGCAACUUUAUUUAGAACUGCAGUUCACAGUUGCAAAACCAGUUACUCUUCUGCACAGCCUUCCUCUAUUAUCAGCUGUAUUUUUCUGCUGCUCACUCAAAAUAGCCAUCGUUUUGCUCAGUAUUCUUUUACCAAGAGAAUUGUUGACUAAGACUACUGUAUUAUAUCUCUUGAGGGUAAUUAUGCUUACAUUUUCAUAGUACUAUCCUUUUAAGCAUGUCAUUUUUAACAGCAAAGCAUUUCCACCAGAUACAUUGGCAGACACCCAGAUCCUUUAAAGUGAUUCAACUCACCUGUUGUUGUGGAGCUUAAUAGUACCAUCCAUAAUGUUCCUCUCAGAGGAGUGUCCAGACAUAAACUCUGUCAUUUAUUUCUGACCAUUCUUUGAGCCUAUAGGGGGUAGUUUAGGUGGAUUUGCAAGGGGCAGUAUGAUGCCUUUAGUUUUUAAGUUGAAAAAUAUUGGUAGAGAGAUGUUUUUCAAUCUGCAAACCCCUGUCUGCUAUUACAGAUGAGUCUUUACAGCUAGGUAAGUUCACUAGGUUUGGUUGUUCUGAACGUCAGCUGUAUGCAUACUAGGCCAUGUUGUGUUUUCAGUGACACUUGAGUCUAAUGUGUUUUGUCAGAGUUAGCUUGCCUCUAUAAGAGGCUUUAACACUUGGUUAAUCAAACAGAACUGUGGAUUCCCAGAUAAACAGACCUGGGUUGAGAGAAAAUCCUCUUUUGAAGUGUAUGGUGAGAAAAAGUCAAAAGAAAUCAACUGUAAUGGCACUGUAAUGAAGUCCACAUAGGUAUCGUCUGGGUCUUAUCAAAUGGGUUGUUGGCCAUGUGAUCAGUUCACCUAGUUUUUCCUCUGUUUGCAUGCCCAUAUAGCUGAGAAAUCUGCCUGUGUUUCUAAUAUCAAGUUACACAGCAAAUAGGGGAACUACUGAUUUGCAGCAAACAUAUGACCUUUUUAACAAUAAUUGGUUUAAACACAAUAGAACAAUGCUUUUGGAGCUCUUAGCUCAUUUAUAAUCAUUCAUUAAAGGAUGCUUAGAUCACACUCUAGCACACUCUUAUCUACGUUCAGUAAAGGCCAUAUCACUGAUAAUCGGGUUUCGCCUGUUAGCUGUCAGUGGGUGGAGGGACAGAGUUCAUUUCCUUGCAAGUUCGUUCUAAUUUUCACAUAAUCAAAACUUACUUAAAUUAUCAAUUAUGCAACCCAAAAAAAGUAAAGCCUGAAAAAAUACCUGAAAUGCACUUCAAUUUUUUAAACUUUGGUUCCCUUUUCUUUCACAAUUGAUACUGUGGUGGAGUAUGCCAUUCUUUAUCAGUGAUUUGUACAAAUGCCCUGCAUUAUCUCAGAACUUUGAUGGCUAUGUCAUGGUACAGAGGUCCAAGCAGUUACCGGCUCGUGAGACUGAUGUAGUCACUCAGAUAGUUCAAAGUGGCAUGUCUUUCAAGAUGGACUGCAUUGAACUGCCAAUAACGCAAGAUCGUUUGGAGGUGUCUGGCCCAGCGGUAUCUCCCAACGCUCUGUCGUAUAGUUCAGAUGGUGGUCAGUAUGGUGUGGAUUCAGUGGAUGGCACCCCGGACCCCCAGCGCACCAAACAGGCCAUUGCCCAACUGCAGCAGAAAAUCCUCAAACUCACAGAGCAGAUCAAAAUAGAACAAACAGCAAGGGACGACAAUGUAGCCGAGUACCUGAAGCUGGCCAACAAUGCAGACAAACAGCAGAGCGCUCGCAUAAAGCAGGUGUUUGAGAAGAAGAACCAGAAGUCUGCACAGAGCAUCCAGCAGCUCCAGAGGAAGCUGGAACAUUACCACCGCAAGCUUCGAGAAGUGGAGCACAAUGGAAUACCACGCCAGCCCAAAGAUGUCCUGCGAGACAUGCACCAGGGUUUGAAGGAUGUGGGUGCCAAGGUGACUGGUGGCCUCUCCAGUUUCUCUCAGGCUACCCACUCCGCCGCAGGAGCAGUUGUGUCCAAACCCCGUGAGUUUGCCUCUCUUAUUCGCAACAAGUUUGGAAGCGCAGACAAUAUCUCUGCCCUAAAAGACUCUUUGGAUGAACAACAAGGGGAUGAACCUGUACCAAGUGCGGGGACGGCUUGCACCAGGACCCCAGGACCUGGGCAGCUCCAGUCAAGCCCAAAAUUCGGCAGUGAAGACGAUUGCUCCAGUGCUACGUCAGGGUCAGUAGGUGCAAAUAGCACCACUGGGGCUCCGGGAGGGCCUCCGAGCUCAAAGGGUAACACACUGGAGCACGGCCAGAGCUCUGCCUUUGAUGCUCUGCUGCAUGAGAUCCAGGAACUGAAGGACAACCAGAAUCGACUAGAAGAAUCCUUUGAAAACCUGAAGAGUCACUAUCAGAGGGAUUAUACGGAUAUCAUGCAGGCUCUGCAGGAGGAGAGAUACAGGUGUGAGCAUUUAGAAGAGCAGUUAAAUGACCUAACAGAGCUGCAUCAAAAUGAAAUUCUGAACCUGAAGCAGGAGCUGGCCAGCAUGGAGGAGAAAAUCGCAUACCAGUCUUAUGAACGAGCCAGAGACAUACAGGAGGCGCUGGAGGCUUGUCAAACACGCAUUUCUAAGAUGGAGCUUCAACAGCAGCAGCAACAGGUGGUUCAGUUAGAGGGUUUGGAAAAUGCCACAGCACGCACUUUACUCGGCAAACUCAUCAAUGUGCUGCUGGCCGUCAUGGCUGUUCUUCUAGUGUUUGUCUCGACGGUCGCAAACUGUGUGGUUCCAUUGAUGAAAACACGUAGCCGUAUGCUUUCUACAGUUCUCCUUUUCAUAAUGUUGGCUUUUCUCUGGCGGAAUUGGGAAACCAUAUCGCAGUACGUAGACCGAUUUCUGCUGCACCCCAGAUGACCUGCAGGGUAGCUGCUGUUGUUUAAUGAAGGGACUGGAGGGUUGGAACUUUAAGAAGACUAACACUGCCUCAGUUGCACUUGGGACAGAGGGACAUGGCACAAGAGUGGUGGACAUGGAUAAAUCCCACAACCUCUUUUUUUUUUUUUUUUUUUUCUUUCACCAAAGGAGUGAAUUUGUUUACAUUUCGAAGACCUUUUUCCGUCAACAUGAAUUGAGUUGCUGAGUUUCCCUUUAUUUGUUGUGGGAAAUGAUGCAUGUUGUGUUGUUCAUUGUUCUUGUAAUUAUUGUUAGGACAUACAUUUAUGCAAUUUACUGAGUGUGGUGUUGCAUUGAAAUGAGUGGUUUUAACAUGGACUGGAUGGAGAUGUUUCUCCUCAUUUUAAUACCAUAGUUAAUGCUCUUUUCCCUUCUAAUUAUCUUUUAAUCUGUUCCUUUUAUUUCUCUCACUCUCUGCUACGGUCUUCUCCCUUUUAACUCUCCUAUAAAUUUCCAGGACUCAUCAUUCACUUUUCCACUCACAACCGUUUGCUGCUGUUUGGACUUCACUGCAGUUGUCACUGAAUGAAGGAAAAAAUAGAUUCUGUUGGAGAGGAGGUGUCUUGAGUGUGAUUGAAUGGGCUUUAGUUAAGACUGGGCCAAAAAACCAGAACACUCUGAACCUGAGCUGGCCCAGACUGCCCCGUCUUCAUCACUGGCCUGGCCCCAUGCCCCCUCUGGCCUGCCCUAGUAGAGGCACAGUCCCCUGAUAUAUGAACUAAACGAACAUACUUGAAGAGCUAGAAAUGCUCAAAGACUCUCAGUGCUUCCGUACUGUUUCUUAUAGCGACAAUGAAAUAGUCCUUUUUAGUUUUAUUUUUUAUUUUGUAAAAUGAAAAGAAUAAACAUGCUGUUUUAAAAAUGCUAA